AGCACGGGGGUUGGGGAGUAGGGUUUGGCGCCGUCAUGGGCGUGUGAGGCCGGGCCGGGCCGGGGCUGCUCGGCCAUGGGGGCGACGCUCGCCGUGCUGGCCUCCAACGACAGCCUAAGCCUGACGGCGCGGCCCGGCGCUGCAGCGUCGUCGCCGGGAGACGGGCCGAGCGGGGGGGACCGCGGUUGCGAGAACGGGGCGCUGAUGGACUCCUUCGGCAUCUUCCUGCAGGGGCUCCUGGGCGUCGUGGCCUUCAGUACCCUCAUGCUAAAAAGAUUCAGAGAACCAAAGCAUGAAAGACGUCCUUGGAGGAUAUGGUUUUUAGAUACUUCCAAACAAGCCAUAGGGAUGUUGUUCAUCCACUUUGCAAAUGUGUAUUUAUCGGACCUUACCGAAGAGGACCCUUGUUCACUGUACCUUAUAAAUUUCUUGCUUGAUGCCACUUUAGGAAUGCUGUUAAUCUAUGCUGGUGUGCGUGCAGUCAGCAGCAUAGUAGAAUGGCAACAGUGGGAGUCCCUUCGUUUUGGUGAAUAUGGUGAUCCACUUCAGUGCACUGCUUGGGUGGGACAGUGUGUCCUAUACAUAGUGAUCAUGAUGUUUGAGAAAACCAUCAUCAUUAUAGUCCUCCUAAUACCUCAAUGGAAAGAGGUAGCUUUAUUGAAUCCUAUAGAGAACCCCCAGCUGGAGCUGGCUAUCGUCAUGCUGAUAGUUCCCUUCUUUGUUAAUGCAUUGAUGUUUUGGGUAGUGGAUAAUUUUCUUAUGAAGAAAGGAAAGACAAAAGCUAAACUUGAAGAAAAGGAAGCAGGACAAGAUUCGAGGAAUGGAACUAAAGUUCGUUACAGGAGAGCAGCAUCACAUGAAGAGUCAGAAUCAGAGAUCCUCAUUUCUGCAGAUGAUGAAAUGGAGGAAUCAGAAGUUGAAGAGGAUCUGCGGAGACUGACUGAUUUAAAGCCUGUUAAGAAGAAGAAGCAUCGUUUUGGGCUGCCUGUAUGAUGCAUUCCCUGGCCUGUAAAUUUGCAGGUUUUGUGGCAAAGACUUUUCAGUCAGUUGCAUUUCACUUUGCAACAGCAUCCCUUUUUUCUUACAAACUGACUCAAAACCAGGCCUCUGAAUAGGAUGCAGGGAGAUGGAAGACUUUCCAGUUCAGUUGCACUACAGAAAUGCUAACCAAAUAUGCAAGCGUGUCUUUUCAUCACAUGUGAAAACAGCAUUAUUAAGGACCAAGGACUAGGGUGAUUUGUAUCUGACAUUUUACAGAAGACCAUAAAAAACAAAUACUACAAUGGUUAAUUUAUGGUUACUGAAUGAGUCGAUGCAAGAUGAUCUGAAAAAGGCAUGAGGAUUGACUAAGUUAAACCAGUAAGUUUUAUUACUAAAACUGGCUUUUGCAACAUAUUAAGUACUAGAGCAGAAUAGUUUUAUGGUUACACACAGUAACAAUGUUAUUUUUUUAAGUAUAUGUUUACUUUGUACAAGGUACCUAUAAAAGUAAUAGGUGGGAAAAGAUUUUUUUUCAAGUCUCCUCUAACCAGUUUGACAGUUUUAUAUUUAAGUUAUAUUUUCUUACUGUUAUUUAAAGAUUCUCUUUGUCAGAGAAAUGUAAACAAUUCCCUUUUUGUGUGGAAAAAAAGGUCAAAAUUUGGACUGAAAUUCUUGUUUAUCUUUGUUUCCCAACUACAAUAACGCAAAGAGAUCAUAAAGAGAAAAGCUGCCUUUUUCACUACUGAAAUCACCAAAUAUCCACUAGAAAUGUAACCCUAAAUGUGGUUUUAGCCACAUCGUUUUACAAUACAUUUUUGUACAAUGGGAAAUGUACUCUGCAUAUUUGGCAAACAUGCACUUUAGCAUACAGCAAAAACAAACCUUUCUUAUUAUAUAGUUCCUUUAUCUAAGAAAUGAACGUCUAAGGAUGACUGCUGAUAUUUAUUGCUUAAAAAUCUAAAAGUCUCCUGAUCAUACCUCUCAGCAGUAUAAAAGGAGACAGAACAUUCCUUUUUUCUAUUUACUUGUAUGGUUUCUAGCACAUGGAAUCUUAAUCUAAUAGCAGAUAUUAGCACAGUGAUGCAAAUAAUAAUUCUGUCCUAUGUUUGUAUCUUUGGUUUAAAAGGUUUCUGCCAUUUAAAUAUGUGUGUAUAAUGCUGUCAUUUAAUAAUAAUCUAUUGGAAGGCUUUAAAGUGAUGUUUUUCCAGCUCCCUUCUUCAUUUGCUCAAAAAGCCUGUCUCUUUCUUCCUUGUUCUCUUUGGAAUAAGACUGAGAGGUAUAAAGCACCUGUUACUGCAUCAACUACAUAUCUGCAGCUUUCUGUAUCAGCUUUCUUUGGUUACUGAAAAUACAUCUAUUUAAGUUCAGCAUCAGUAGCUGUGGUUUCAGUGGCGUAUUGCUAUGAGUAUUUCCUAAACGACCUAAAUGAUAAUUAUGGUUUUGACAACUUUCCUGGCUUAAUCAAAUUUUGCAUAGCACAAGGAGAUAUAUCAAAGAAAUAAAAAAUUAUAUAUAUA